AUCCACUCAUCAAACAAAAAAGGAGGAUCAGCGCGUGACGAGGGAGGAGCAGUGCUUCGUUGACCCAUCCCCGUUCCUCAGGACAGGUCGCUCCCCAUGGUGACUGCUGCCACUUCCCAGGUCUUCCUCCUCCUCUCAACUGCUCCUCCCCCAUUCCACUCCACUAGUCCCCUGCUACUCCCCUGACCCCCUGAGCAAUUGCUCGAGUCCCCUCCCAAUCUAGUCCCCAAAUCCCGAUCUCCUUACCCAGAUCCUUUCUGAAAUCAAGCAGUCGCAAGUCAGUAUAAGUGGAUCUGCAGGCUGUAGCUGCACAUUCGUGAGGGGUGUCCAUUUAGUUUUUGCAAGCUGCAAGCUGGGAGCAACCAUUCGAAAAGCUACUGUAACAGACCACCUUUAAUUCUUUAUUUUAGAAGAUUGCGUCCGACUGACACUGUGAAACAAGCGAGUUGGAUCUAAGGUGCUGCUUCAUUAAUCCUUCUUUUCAGAGCGUCGAUUGACGACGCAAAUUUAGCUGUUCGUUGUCAGUUCAUUGGACGACCUGACCUCCACGCAGAAUUGCCAGGGCGAGCACGGGGGCCAUGGAGGGUGCUCUGGUGAGUGUGGCGACGGGGACCCUGAAACCCGUCCUGGGGAAGCUGGCCUCUCUGAUGGGCGACGAGUACAAGCGUCUCAAGGGGGUGCGCGGCGAGAUCAAGUUUCUGACCGAUGAGCUUACCGCAAUGCAUGCCUUUCUCCUGAACAUGUCAGAGGAGGAGGAUCCUGAUGUGCAGGAUAAAGUUUGGAUGAAUGAGGUGCGCGAGCUGUCCUACGGCAUGGAGGACUCCAUCGAUGACUUCAUGAAACAUGUAGAUGACAACGACACAAAGCCAGGUAGCUUCACGGAGAGGAUCAAGAACUUGUUGGGGAAGAUGAAGACUCGCCAUCGGAUUGCAAACGAGAUCCAAGAUUUGAAGAAACGUAUCAUUGAGGUGGGCGAGAGGACUGCAAGGUACACAACUCGUGAUGCCUUGUCCAAAACCGUCAAUGUGACCGUUGACCCUAGAGCUCUUGCAAUCUUUGAGCAUGCCUCAAUGCUCGUCGGAAUUGAUGAACCGAAGGCAACGCUAAUCAAACUCUUGACUGAAGAGGACGGAUGUGCAUCAACACAAUAUCAACAAGUGAAGAUGGUCUCUGUCGUUGGAUCUGCAGGAAUGGGCAAGACAACUCUUGCAAACCAAGUGUAUCAAGAGCUCAAAGGCAAACUCAAGUGUCGGGCUUUCGUGUCAGUGUCACGCAAUCCAGACAUCAUGAAUAUUCUCAGAACUAUUUAUGGUGAAGUUAGCGGGAAACCUUAUACUGACACAGAAGCAGGGAGUGUACAACAACUCCUCGCCAUUAUCUCCAACUUCCUUGCAGACAAGAGCUACUUUAUUGUUGUUGACGAUAUAUGGAAGAAGGAAACAUGGGAUGUUAUUAAGUACGCAUUCCCCAUGACCAGUUGUGGCAUAAUAAUCACCACUACUCGUAUGAAAGAUGUCGCUAAUUCAUGUCAGACGUCAUUCGGUGGCCAUAUUUAUAACAUAAGGCCUCUUGAUAUUGUUUAUUCAAGACAGUUAUUUCACGGAAGAUUAUUUAACUCCGAAGAAAAUUGCCCUCCAUACCUUAAAGAAGUUUCUGAUCAAAUCUUGAAAAAAUGUGAUGGGUUACCUUUGGCGAUCAUCGCUAUAUCUGGUUUGUUGGCUAACACAGAAAGAAUAGAGGGCCUAUGGAACCAAGUGAAAGAUUCAAUUGGCCGUGCACUUGAAAGAAAUUCUAGCGUUGAAGGAAUGAUGAAGAUAUUGUCACUUAGUUAUUUUGAUCUGCCUCCUCAUCUGAAGACGUGUCUCUUAUAUGUGAGUAUAUUUCCGGAGGAUUCUUUUAUUGGGAAGAAUGAUAUCAUAAGUAGGUGGAUAGGUGAAGAAUUCAUUCACAAAGAAGGCAGAUAUACAUCACAUGAGAUAGGAGAAAGGUGUUUUAAUGAGCUCCUUAAUAGGGGUUUGAUUCAACCGGGGAAGACAAAUGAAUAUGGUGAGGUAGAGAGUUGCCAAGUUCAUGACACAAUUCUUGAUUUCAUCAUAUCCAAGUCCAUAGAAGAGAACUUCGUUACUUUACUAGGUGUUCCAAUUCUGACAAUUGGGACACAAAGCAAAGUCGUUCGUCGACUCUUUCUACAAGGAAUUAAUCAAGGAAAUUCAACAAUACAGCCAGCAGGUUUGGUGUUGUCCCAUGUACGAUCACUGGGUGUGUUUGGAGGUUUUGUGGAAAUCCCUUCUCUGGAGGAAUUCAAACAUCUGUGUGUUCUCCACUUGAGCCAUUGCCAAUCAUUGGAAGAACAUCAUCUUGAGAAUAUAGUGAGGUUGCCCCAGCUAAGGUACCUGAACCUCAAAAAUACAGAAAUAAGGAAGCUCCCAGAACAAAUCGGGCGUUUAGGUUGCCUAGAGUUGUUGGACCUAAGACACACUUGUGUAGAGGAAUUGCCUGCAUCUAUUGUUAAUCUCAAAAAAUUGACGCAUCUUCUUGUUGACUAUGGUGUUAAAUUUCCUGAUGGAAUUGAGGAGAUGCAAGCAUUGGAGACAUUGGAAGAGGUCAGGUUCUCCAACCAACCAUUUGGCUUCCUGUCCGGCCUUGGCCAACUAAAGAAUUUGAGGAAUCUGGUUCUUUUCUUUGGUUUCGAAGAGUAUUCUGACACUAAGGAUGCAAAUAUGGUUGAAGAGGAGUGCAUCAAAUCUAUCAUCUCUUCCCUGUGUAAACUAGGCACCCAGGACCUUCGCUCUCUAACUAUUUGGGAUUGGAGCAGCCUCUUACAAGAACCUUUGUGCCCGCUUACCCUCGAUAGACUUAUUAACUUCUCGUUAGGCGCCCCACAGGUUCCGAAAUGGGUGAGCUCCCUCAGAAACCUCCAAGAGAUACACCUUAUAGUGGAUGAAGUCAAGCAGGAUGAUCUCUGCAUCCUUGGGGCCUUACCCACUCUGCUCAUUCUGCAUCUGGAGGAAGAAACAAUGUCAAACAAAAAAAUCAGAGUCAGUGGUGAAGUUGGGUUCCAAUUCUUGAGGAUUUUUAUUUAUGAGGCAAAUCCUCACCCGGUAGAUCUGAUGUUUGCGGCAGGAUCCAUGCCCAAGCUAGAAAAACUCGUGCUUUCUUUCCGCAUAGCAGCUGGCUCUCUGGACUUUGGAAUCAAGAACCUCCCCUGCCUCAGUACGGUCAAAUGUAGUACAAAUGCCGACGAUGGCAUUUUUGGAGCCAUACAGACUGCCGUGGAGAGAGCAGCCAGCACACACCCCAAUCACCCUAGUUUACUCUUUCGGAGAGAUGUCAAAUGUAGUACAAACAAGGCUCCAUACUUCUCUCCUUUAUGAUACGCCAGUACACUGUACUCUCUCUGUUGGAUAAUGUAUUAUCUAUGACAUCCAUGUUUUUCAUAUUUUACAUAUGACGACAUGUGGAGUCCGUGUGAUACAAUAUUGUUGAAUUUGUGCUUGAAUAAAACAUUUUCAUAUGGUUGUGAUUCCCUGAGUAUGAACAAAGCUUUCUACAGGAAGUUUAUGGUAAAAGCUCAACUUGGAAAAAUAUGGACACACCUUGCAUGAUUCAGCCGACAGAGUGCUGUCUUGUCUUACCAAAAGUUACUAGCUUAUUAAGCUGCUGUUUCUCCAUGAUUGGCUCCUUUUUUUUCCCAUCACAUUUAUGCAGUAAAAUGUUAUGCAUUUCUCUUUUUACAAAAUCCAAUUUGUCCGUAGAUAGAGAACUGAUGAUAGUAUGUGAGCUAGGUCAUACAAUCCUGACUGGUCUUAGUUAAAUUAGCUAGUGUACUGCCAUUAAUUGCUUCUUUGCCUCGGUUUAAUAUUAUUGGGUUACCAUUCGUCCUGUUAAUUAAUUCUCCUGACGUACAACUUAGGAUAAUAUCCUUUUUCAUUGGCUCUUUUGUCCUCGUAGUCGUCAUUCUUGCUUCAACAUGCUCUUUGGCAAGCCAGACAUGCACCAAGCAAGCUAUUGUGCCACUGGUACAGUUGGACUAAACACUUGAUAAGCUCUUCCCAUUAGCUCUCACAAAUUAAGAUGUUGUUAUAUAUGUCUGCUUAUGGUUGUUGCAGCUUAAUACACGCCUCGUAUGUAUACAUCACUGUCAAUUAAAUUUUGA